AAAAGAAAUUAGUAGGGCACAACUGAAUAUAUGAAUAUGCACCCCCUCAAUAACGUUCUGGUUACGCUUUUGUUCAAGAGUAUGCGAGCGUAUGUCUAACUUGUUCAGCAAGUCGCUAUGAAAGAUGGAAACGUGGCUGUCGUUCAAAAACAAACAUGGCGGGAUGGAUUUGAAAACUAAAGUGAAACUGUGAAAGUACAGAGUAAAAGUUUUAACGUCUUGAAACAUCUAUCAACAGUGUUGAAGGCUCUUAUGACUUUUCUUUCACCACGAAAACAUCAUAUUUUUAUGAAAAGAAAAAUUUUGAUAAUAUACUAGGCUUUUUACUUAAAAUACUAUGGCGUCCUACGCAAAUCCAAACGACAUUUUGCAAAAUAAUUAAUAUUUCAUUGUUUGUGUUGUUGUGGUACUGUGGCGAUUCACAUGGCUGAAUCAGAGCGAGAGUCGAAUGGAUCUUUUGUUGGAGUUAAUGAUUUUGAUAGGAAACAGAAAUGGAAGAGGGAGAACAGGAAAGAUGAUCAGACAAGUCGCUUUAUUAUUCAACGUGGUGAAUCAAGAAAACGGAAAUCAUUGGUGAACUUUAUGAUUGAAAACAUUUUCUGGGGUCUUCCCUUAGAUCAGAAGACAUUUGCAGCUAAAUUUCAUUUGACUUAUAAGUUUGUGAAAACGGAAUGCAAAAUUGUUAGAAAUAUCCUUCAUGAACAUUGUUUUAAAGAGGUUCAUGAAAGCAGUUCAGAUUUCAAUCUUAUGUGGACAGGCUCACAUCUUAAGCUUCACUCGUUACAAGCCCUACAACAGUUUCAGAAAGUUAAUCAUUUUCCUCGUUCAUAUGAGCUUACCAGAAAGGAUAAACUUUACCAGAACAUUCAAAAAAUGCAAAGUAGCAAGGGUUAUAAGAAUUUUGAUUUUAUUCCUGAAGCAUUUGUUAGUCCUAUGGAAUACAAUCAAUUUUGUGCAUCAUUCUCCAAACAGAGAGGAUUAUGGAUUGUUAAACCAGUGGCUUCAUCCCGAGGUCGUGGAAUAUUUCUCAUAAACCAUCCAAGUCAAAUUCCCUUGGAUGAUACAUUAUUGGUAUCAAAAUACAUUUUGAAUCCAUUGCUAGUUGAUGGUUUCAAAUUUGAUUUGCGUCUCUACGUUGGAGUAACAUCUUUUGAUCCUUUACGUAUCUAUCUGUACGAAGAAGGAUUGACCAGAUUUGCGACCGUAAAAUAUGAUCAAAGUCACCGUAAUAUUAAAAACUCCUGCAUUCAUUUGACAAAUUAUAGCGUGAAUAAGAAGAAUGAUGAUUACGUAAGUUGUAACGACCCUCAUGUUGAAGAUUACGGUAAUAAAUGGAGUUUUGGCGCCUUGUUAAGAUUUCUCAAAGCAAAAGGCAUCGAUACGUCAAGUCUUGUUGCAAAGAUUGAAGAUUUAAUCAUCAAGACAAUCAUUUGUGGUGAACUUGCCAUCGCAACUGCUUGUAAAAUGUUUGUACCACAUUGUGGAAAUUGUUUUGAGAUUUAUGGAUUUGAUGUUUUGAUUGACGAUAAUCUAAAACCAUGGUUAAUGGAAGUAAAUUUAUCGCCAUCCAUGGCUUGCGAUUCUCCUAUGGAUUUGAAAAUAAAAUCGAACCUAUUGACAGAUAUGUUUAAUUUGACAGGCUUUAUUGUUCAUGAUCCAUUGUUGAGAAAAACUACAAGUCAACAAAAUUAUCCAUUACAAAGACAGAGAUGUCGUUCUGCUGGGUUAGCACGAACCCUUUCAACUAACGAGAAGAAACUGACCACAGUUGAUAGUGAACGUGGGCUCACUACCGAGGAAAUUCGUGUGCUUCGAGAUACUAAAGAUGAGUUUUCAAGACGUGGACAUUUUGUGAGAAUAUUUCCUACACCGACAUCACGUGAGAGAUACGGUGCUUUUCUGGAGUUUCGAACGACGAAUAACCGCAUGCUUUUUGCAAGACUGUUUCUCCACAAAUCUGCACCAAUGAUAACUUUUAAUGACGACGACAAACCUUCAAUGGUGUUUACUUUCUCGCAAACUUUUGACGAAAGAAUGAAAUGUUACCUUAGACAAUUGCCUUCACUGGAGAUGUCAUCUCCUAAAGCUGUUGUGAGAGAAAAGAUCAAUGAUGAAUCGAUCAUCCAGACAAGACAACCAGCAACAUCAACUCAAAAUGAGAUGAAAAAUCGCCAUGUUGAAACUGUGCUAACUCAUGAGACCAUGAUUAAUAACUCUGAUCUCAUGAACCAUCCAGUUAUCAAUGUCAAUAACGUCAUCAAAAUGGCUUGUAAUCUCAGCAAAUUAGAAGCACGAAAGACAUUUGCGACUUAUCUGAGACGCGUGAAAGACAGACUUGUUAAAGAAGUAACCUUUAUUAAAGAAAAGAAUGGUGAUGAAGAUGAAAAGAAAAGCAACGAACAAAUGAGUUUAGUCAUUCGUUUCUUGAAAAGAGCGGCAAAAAAUCUUCAUCACGAAUUCAAAGUUAUUGUUCCUAGUCACAAGCUUGCACUGCCUGACAGGCGGAGAAUCCUGGCGCAACAGUUGGGUGAUUUUGUUCACAUUUAUGAUAAGGAAACAGCUCAAAUGAAGGAGACUAGUGAAGUAAACGAAUCAAGUUCCCUUUCCAGCGAAGAUUUUAACUUAUUUCUUAAACAUGCCAGUGAGAAUGAGCUCGAGGAGGUUUUGACUUUAUAUACCAAAGAAAACAAGAACACCAGUAUUUUUCUUGGAAAUCCUCCAAGUCAGACCACUGUUUCUCAGUGUAAAGCAAACAAACCUCCUGUACCGCGGUUUCUAGAAGGCAAACGUUUGAGAAGUCAUAGUGCUCAUGAUUUAUCAAAAUCAAAUUGCGAAGAAACAGAGAAGAAGAAGUUAUUCAACACCCGUGUUUUGUCCGAACACAAUCGCCGUCUUGCUGGUGCCAUUGCCGCUUACGGGAAGUCGUUAAACGUCAACAAAAGCAAGAGAAGGCCUACAUCCGCUGUCCUGUCUGAUCGCAAGCAAAUAUCGAGUGCUUUACUAAAUCGCCCUGGAUCAGCGAAAAGUUCUGAAACAAUGGCUUUUGAACAUCUUGCCAUUAAGCAGCCAGUUUCUGAAGCUUUGAAACAACUCGCAAGACGUCAGGCAGAGCGACAGUAUCACGCUAAACGUCCUUUGAAAAUUGAAACGAACAAGUGGAUGCAGCAACCAGUAGAAAAUACAGAUCAUUCCGCUGAUAGUGGGGAUAACGUGAGAUGUGAUGGUGUGAUUGAGGAAAGCGAAAGAACGCCGAUUUCUUAUCUUUCCUCACGGGACAAUGCAAACUUUAUAACUAACCAAGAAACUCCAGGACAUACGAGUACAUAUGGCAAUGUUUCGAGAUACACUGCCGGUAGUUGUAUCGGUGACGGAACUCUUAACGUUGACAAAACGUACAACGAUGUACUUGAAAAAGAACUUCAAAUUUCAUCCAUGCCAACACAUUUUAGAGAGAUCAUUAAUGAUAUAUCCUACAGGAAAUAUCCAACCCUGACUCAAGGGAUACCUGUGGAUAGGCAGAUCUUUGAAAUUGAUCAAGGUAGUCAUUCAAAGACUAUAAGGAUCCCGUGCGGUGGUGAUGAUAAAUCAGAGAGAACUUCAAGUGCAAAGAUGGAUAGAAUAGGAUCGCCUAGAGAAGAAUACAACAAACAUAUGCAGUUAUUGAUUGAAAGGCUAGCUGCGCAAAAAUUCAAUAAGACCGGUGACCAGUCGGUUGUUCCCAAACCUCCAUCUAGACCACGGUCAGCUAAAAGAUCUAUGAGUUCUCACAGGAUGACACGGAUUUUGUCCAGUCAUGGCUCUCGGGUUUGACAAAUGCGAUUUGAAAGACGUGGGGGAAAUAACAUGAAAAUCACCGCAAUAUUUUUGGUGGCUUGUAUCCUUCCAAACUUCCUUCUUUUUGUUUUCACCAAAGCAGUUUUGCCAAACAGUUUCAAAACUGAAGGUUUGCUAUCUUCUGACCAACAAAUGACAAGUCGAUACUGUCUGUACAUGUAAUGUAACUUCUGUAGAUGAAGACAGUGGUACAUGAAAACAGUGGCGAAGUCAGUCUGAUCUUUUACUCAUACGAUGCAAAUUUUUCAGCAAAAUUAUUUUUCAUUUCUUUAGAAAAUUAAUUCCAUUCAUUGUUUUUCCAAUGAUUGAACACAAAAAUAUUUGCACUGUUGGAGUAAAAAACGAGCUGGCUUCGCUACUGCAUCAAACUAAAAUACAUUGAACGGUACCUGCAAUAGAAAUGUUUACCGAAUUUUUAAAACUCGGACACGCAUGUUCGUACACCCUUACACGCGUGUUUUUACACCCAGACACACGUGUUCUUACACCCUAACACGCGGUUUUUUACGGGGAAACACACGAAAAUUUAAAAUUGUAAUCAAAAUUAUCGGCUAUCGGAUAAUUGUGAUUUUGAUAAUAAUUAUCGGAUAACUCUCUUCAAAACAUCAAAGUAAAUAAAACGUGAGUUAUUUCGCCUGAUAGUUGAGCACAUUAAAAUUUUAAAAUAUUGUUCUUCUUAUUGUUGUUCUUCCCUCUUGCUGACUUCUCGUGUUUCUUUUCCUUUGAAAUCGUUGAAACAUUUUUACAAUAUGAAAUAAAAUAAUCAUAAAGAAAA